UGAUUAAAGUACAGUGUCAUUGCGCAAUGUCAAAGUUGUCACUUGUCACACGAUAGAGUAAAAAUUUUAACGCAUCUCUUACUGUAAAUCGAACAACAAAGCAAUUUUGCUACUUUUUUAUCUCUGCGCUUGCUGCAUCGUAUCGCGCAAUAGACUUCGUGUGCCAGGUACCGAGCCCUGUGGCAUUCUUACAGUCGAUUACGAAUUGUUUUUCUAUAUCUACUUAUUACAAUUAAACAUAAUUUUAUGCAGUGUAGUUGUACAAAGCAGUUGCGAAUCGCGGCCUGUGCCUCUCAGAGUCGGUUACCUGUCGCCGAGACGGUAGAUCAAGACCAGUUUCACUAACUUUCAGUUCUUGAAUCUUGGUGCAUUUUUCGGUGUUCGUCAUCCUUCGUCGAUAAAGCAAGCUAUCUCGUUUGGUUCCAAUUGCCGACAUCAUACCCCGUGCCAGACAUUGUGGUUUUCGUUGGUGGAUUGUUGCAUGAUCGUGGUGCGCGCGGCAAAUUCGCGAUAACUGCAUAAUUCCAAAUUUUUUAAAUCAUGGAAAGCGGCGAUAGUUCCUUUCCUUGUAAGACGGGAGUUGAUAUUUACAACUGGUCCAAGACGUUCUCCUGCACACCGGAGAUGUUCUGUGAACCAACCAAUGUGGAUGAGUUAAAGCAGAUUUUGCUUCAUGCUCAAUCCAAGAAGCGGACUGUUCGAGUAAUGGGCGCUGGGCAUUCGCCAUCGGAUAUCGCAUUUACUAAUGACAUUUUGGUAUCCAUGAGGAGAAUGAACCAUUUAAUCAGCGUUAACAAGGAGUUAUGCCAGGUUACGGUGGAAAGUGGAAUGUUGAUUGACGAACUAAAUCCUUUAUUGACAGAAAAUGGACUGGCUCUCAGCGUUUUGCCAUCGGUUUCGGAUAUGUCCAUCGGUGGAGCCGUCGGAACCGGAACGCACGGGAGUGGAAUUAAUUAUGGCACAUUAUCUUCGUAUGUCACCGCAUUAGAUCUGUUGAUUGCGGAUGGCACAGUUCUGCACUGUUCCCGAGAGGAAAACAGUGAGGUAUUCCUGGCGGCGGCAUGUGGAUUGGGAGCAAUGGGAAUCGUUAUUCAAUUAACUCUACAAUGUGAACCUCGAUUCAAUUUAACACAAAAACAUUAUGGCGAAAAAAUGAGUACGGUUUUGGCAAAUUUGGAUCAGCACCUGAAAAAUUCAGAACACUUCAAAUUUAUGUGGUAUCCACAUACGGAUGAUGUCAUCGUGUGCGAAAUAAAUCGGACACCCUACAAUAAGGUACGGCGUGUCCAGAUUACCAAAGACAAACUGCUCUGGGAGAGGUUUUGGAUGAUCCUUCUGUUCUUAAGCACUUAUCUGAUUGAAUUUCUGUAUUGGGUUAGCACGUUUAUCCCAGGCAUUACAGCGUAUAUUAAUCGUUUGGCAUUCCAUCUUCAUAAAGGUCCAACGGAGGUGGACGAUGUCAGCUAUCGUAUUUUCAAUUUCGAUUGUCUGUUCCAGCAGUUUGUGACAGACUGGGCAAUACCAAUAGAGAAGACUGGUGAAGCGGUUACGCAUUUGAAAGAGUGGCUAGACACACAGGAUGAUACGGUAGUGGCGCAUUUUCCGGUAGAAGUCAGAUUUGUGAAGAAGGACGAUAUGUACAUGAGCCCGGCAUAUGGACGGGAUACAGCCUUCAUCAAUAUCAUUGUUUACCGACCAUACGGUAAGGAAAUCAUGAAGGAUCAGCUAUGGACGUACUACGAAAACCUUAUGGAAAAGCAUGACGGAAGACCGCAUUGGGCUAAGGAGCAUAAAGUAGAUGGUUCCAAAUUGGUCAGAAUGUAUCCUCAUUUCAAGGACUGGUGUCGGAUACGGGAAAACCUGGAUCCCAACCGAAUUUUUGUCAAUCGCUAUAUCUCGCAGUUGCUUGGCUCUGAUGCAUCACAAUCCAUGUUGUGAAACACAUUUGUUUAACUUUGCGUAAAAUAUUGUAUCUUGGUAAUCACUUGUUUUGUGGUCAUACCGAAAACUUUUUACCGGUGGAUAAAUUAUUGCCUAACUGACGGCUGCUUUUAAAUUUUGAUCUUUUAUCGUUGGAGUUUAAAAACGGAUGUUGGACUUUUAUUACUGCGUUGAUGCGUGCAUUAUGAACAGUGUUGUUGAAGCACGGAACCAUUGAGUUACUCAUGGUAAUGUUUCAUAAUUCCGGUGAUUUUGAGACUGGCUAGGUAAAUUUGCCAGAAGGUUUGUUCUUAACAAAGUGAUAUGGUUACUGAAAUUAUUUGUGCAUACAUACUCGCAGUCAGUUUUGUUUGGUGUCCUUUUUGUCUGUUAGUGUUUGUGUGAGCUGUUUGAUUAAUAAAAUCCCCCGCUAAGUA